UCGCAGUCCUUCGUCAUUUUCUUCCUCCUUUUGCUCCUCGUUUGGAUCUUGGGGGGCUCAGUUCGGUGCUCUGGGAUUAAAGCUUACACCUUUGCUUACCAUUUUCCUAAUUUUAGGAAUACUAUACUUCAAAACUAUUUUGAAAUGUGUUUUUUGAAAAAAGAUUUAAAUUUUGUUAACUUGAGUAUUAAUAAUAUUAAGUAAGAGCACUUAUUUUUUUAAAAAACACCUUUUAAAUUUACUAGUUUAAUUUUAUGCAUAUGUGCUUUACUGUAUGUAGUUUGCACUUGUGUAUUCAGGAGUCUGUCCAGAUCAAAAGAUGCCAUCAAAUCUCCCAGAACUGGAGUUUGAGUUUGUGGUGGUCGCAAACUGCCGCGUGGGUGCUGGGAGCCAAAACCAGGUCUUCUACAAGAGCCAAAAGCUCUCUUAAUUGCUGAGGUAUCUCUCCAGUCCCUAGCACUUGGCCUUUUAAAAUUGUUUUGUAGUAAAGCUUAAUAUUUUACUUUUCUUAGUGUGGAAUGGAUAACAUGUCUUCAUCCAUAAAUAUAUAUCAAGUAUAAUUUUAUUUUGAAUAUUUAUUGUUAUAAUUAAGUAUAUUCUCAUCUUUCCAAGCAUGGUGGCACAUGCUUUAAAUUCCAUCAGGGAGGCAGAUGCAGCUGGCUCUCUGGGUUAGAGGCCAGCCUGGUCUACAGUAAGAAUUCCAGGAUAGCCAGGGUUACACAGGGAAAAUUUGUCUCAUUCUUGUGCUACCUUAUUUAAAUGGUUUUAGGUAUCUGUGUAAAUCCAGUAUUUAUCUGUAAAAACAAUACAUUGUAACUUGCAAUAUACUUAAAUAUUAACUUUAUAAAACUUAGUGUAUUUAUUCUAAGAUUUACUUUUCUUAUUUGUUUCAUAAAUAUUUCUGUUGAGAGGUGUACUUAUCUUUCUGUAUUUGGCUUCACCCAUGAAGAUUUUAAAAAUAACACGGUCUUAAAAAAAAAAUGAAACCAAAAACUAAAAACAGUUUAACAUGGGGGACAGAAUAGGCCUUCUAUACUUUUUAAGCCAUUUUUAUGAAACAUGAAGAGAUUUUCUAAAUGACAGACAUUAGAAGAAGAGAAUGGGAUUUAGUGGUUUGGUGUUAGGAAUGAGUUUUGACAAUUUUUAGUCCCACUUUCUUACUUCUGUAGUUGUAGUCAAACCAUCUUUUCCUUCUGUAGUCACCACUUUGUUUAUUUGGGAAGUAGUUACUAUACUUAUUACAUAGAGAUCUGAGCUUUAAAAAUAUUUUAUUAUAUAUAUUUAUUUAUUGAAAGAGGGAGAAUGAGGGAGAGAAAGAAAGAAGGGAUCGAGGCAAAACGGGAAGAAAUUUAGUAGUAUCAAAGAGUCCCACAAUUGCCCAGGAUGGAGUAUAGCAAAAGUGUAUUUAUUUGAAGAUAAACUCACAGUAAAAGUAGCCAUCUGCAGUUUUCUGUAUGACUGGGAUCUGGAACCAAAUUGAGCAUGAGACCACGCCCAAAGUGGGCCAGUAUCUUAAAAGAUACUGGCUGAAGGAGUUCCCACAACAAAGGAGAGAGAGGGGAGGAGAUCAAGUUAUAGAGUGUACGUGGGCGUACUUGUGCUCAUGUAAGUAUCAGAGGAAAACUUGUGGAUUUCUCUUCUGUCCUUCCUCAGUGUCAUGGGUGUUGAUUAAACUUGGGUUGUCAGGGUUGUUGGUGACAGGUGUCUUUUAUCUGCUGAGCCAUUUCAGGUCUGAGAUUUAAGAAUUUUAUGAAGAAAAAAGUAUAAAAGCACAUAACACAUCUUCUGUCAUAUAGGACAUGUUUUCAAUAUGUAUUACUUUCCAUUGCAUCUUUAUUUUCCUAAUUUUAAUUUGCUUUAAUCCUAUGACAGUUGUAAAUUUUGUUCUGGUAUGUUUUUUUUUGAUGUAAUAAAGCAUGAGAAAUAAGUUUAAAAUAAAUGAAUGACUGCAUGUAGUAAGUUAACCUAGAUAUAAAUGUUCUAAUAUACACUAAAUACUUGAGCAUUUUUUGCUUCUGCUAACUUAUAUAUAUAAUAUAUAUAAUUCAAGCGCUGUAGGAUAUGAAUUUCUUUACCUCUUGAAAUAUUUGAUAUACACAGAUAACCAUGAACUAAGUGCUUCUAUUUAUGAUGUCCCUUGUCCUCUUAGAUCAUAUUGACCCCGGUAUUUCUCCAGACAGGUUUCACUGUCACAGUUCUUUCCUGGUGUUUUGUUGUGCAAAUCAGUGCCAAAUUUAGCAUAUUCAUGUGUGGGGGGCAUGUAUUGGAGAGAUGAGUAAAUGACUUUUAAUUUUUAUUUAAAAUACAAUCAUUUACCUUAUAGUAAAAGAAGUAGUUGUAUUAAUUUAGUUCAUGAGGACUUAAAUGAUUUUUAAUAAUUCAUAAGUUUUUUCUUCAGUCAAAGAGUAUGAGAUUACUGCUGACUUUUUAGUUUUAUAGUACCUUGUGGUACUUUCUCUACAAGGUUUAAAAGUAUAUGCCAGUUUUGUUUCCCUAGCACUAUACAUAAGAAAUAAUUUCUGCAAAUGCUGUAAAAAGAAUGCCUUCAGAAACCAUUAAAUGCUGUUUACAUCUUAAAAGGAUUGGUCAGUUUCAUUGUCUUCUUUGUCAAUCUUGAUCGGAGCUCACAGACUAAGGCUAUAAGCCUGCAUGUGCCUGGCAACUGUUACCUAGUGACAGUUUCAGCUGCAGUAGCCAUUGGCUGUGCUGAUUGGGGCAGGAGGACCGAGUCACCUUUCUGAUGGUGAGUUGUUCUGCAUCAGCUCUGGAUGAGGAGGAGCAGACUCUGGCUCAGGUGGAAGCAGCGAGACUGAGAAACUGUAAAGACUCUCCCGGCAGCAUCUUGAUAACUGCAUCACAGUAAAUCGGACUUCUGAAUCAAGCAGCCCCGCUUCACAGCUGAUAUGAGUGAAUUCGCAUGAGAAGCAUUACCUUAUUCCUGUAACAAGAGAACUAUUUUGUGAUAAGUGAAACUCAGCAUGUCCAAGGAGGAGUAUUCUGUGGCUGACAUAAAAGAAGGACUUCCCUGAAUGAUGUGUUGCUGCAUGAGAAAACAACUUUGAGAAGAAUGCUUUCUAUUAAGCUGCUACAUUGUUCUUGAAGGAAAUGUUUUCAUUUCUAAUGCAUGCUAUUUCUUGAAAAGCUAUACCAACAAAGAGUGACAAGAGACUCCCUGAAUUGCUUGUACUUGGGGGAAAGACUUUGGCAAAUGUUAACCCGGUGCCAGAAUGACCUUGGAAGCCUUUUGGAUGGAUUCUGCCCUUCCAGAAACACAGUAUGUCAAAGCCCAGGAUUUAAACCCAUCUUGAUGUGUUGAGAUAUUUUAAAACAAAGACUAUUUCCCAGCCUACCUGAUGGCCCUGCUUUAAUUGAGUUUUUGCUUUAAAUAGAAUUCAGAGACGGAAGAGGCAUUUUGUUAACAUAUGGCUGCUAAUAACUGCAAAUAUAAUAAAACAAGCUCAUCCUCCUCCUUUAUCCCCCAAAGCUGAGAUGUGCCACUGGUGAAUUAAGGCUGAUGAAGAGACCUGAGCACACUGUGAGAUGCUCAGCUGUAAUACAGGCAUUGGCACUUUCUACUAAAGCAGGUUCUCAGACACUGAUUUGCAGAGUGUAACAGAUGCUGGCACGGGCACCUGCUUGCUGCAGCCAAAGCUACAAAUUUUCCUAAUUCUAAGCCAUGAAUGAAUCCAGGUGGACUGAAUGGAGGAUCCUGAACAUGAGCAGUAGCAUUGUGAAUGCAUCUGAGCAUCAUUCCUGCCCACUUGGAUUUGGUCACUACAGUGUGGAGGAUGUUUGCAUCUUUGAGACAGUUGUUAUUGUCUUGCUGACAUUUCUAAUCAUCGCUGGGAAUUUAACAGUUAUCUUUGUCUUUCAUUGUGCUCCACUGUUACAUCAUUAUACUACAAGCUAUUUCAUACAGACAAUGGCAUAUGCUGACCUCUUCGUUGGAGUUACCUGCUUGGUUCCUACUCUGUCCCUUCUACAUUACUCUACAGGUGUCCACGAGUCACUGACUUGCCAGGUGUUUGGAUAUAUUAUCUCAGUUCUAAAAAGUGUUUCCAUGGCCUGUCUUGCUUGCAUCAGUGUGGAUCGCUAUCUUGCAAUAACCAAGCCUCUUUCCUACAAUCAACUGGUCACCCCUUGUCGCCUGAGAAUUUGCAUUAUUAUGAUUUGGAUUUACUCCUGCCUAAUUUUUUUGCCUUCUUUUUUUGGCUGGGGCAAACCUGGUUACCACGGUGACAUUUUUGAAUGGUGUGCCACAUCUUGGCUCACCAGUGCCUAUUUUACGUGCUUUAUUGUUUGUUUACUUUAUGCUCCUGCUGCCUUGGUUGUCUGCUUCACUUACUUUCACAUUUUCAAAAUUUGCCGGCAGCACACCAAAGAGAUAAAUGACCGGAGGGCCCGAUUCCCUAGCCACGAGGUAGAUGCCUCUAGAGAGGCAGGGCACAGCCCCGAUCGUCGCUAUGCCAUGGUUUUAUUUAGGAUAACCAGCGUAUUUUACAUGCUAUGGCUUCCGUAUAUUAUUUACUUUCUUCUAGAAAGUUCUCGUGUCUUGGACAAUCCAACACUGUCCUUCUUAACCACUUGGCUUGCUAUAAGCAAUAGUUUUUGUAACUGUGUAAUAUACAGCCUCUCCAACAGUGUUUUCCGCCUUGGCCUCCGAAGACUUUCUGAAACAAUGUGCACAUCUUGUGUGUGUGUGAAGGAUCAGGAAGCACAGGAUCCCAAGCCCAGGAGACGGGCAAAUUCCUGUUCCAUUUGAAGAGAACUGCACAGUAAAUCAAAUGUAAUGUGACAGUGGUUUUGGAUUGUAUUCUUGAUUUAUUUGGAAAUUUGCCCUAGAGAAAUGUUUAUAUGAACAUAAACACUAUAUAGUUAUAGUUAUAGUUGACUAUGAAGUGAGGAAUGAUAUUAAAGGUCUCUUAUUUCCUUUUGUGUAAGAAAAAAAGCAAAAGGAAAGGAUGUAUGGAGAAUAAUCUCAUAAGAGAAUUACAGCUUGUAAAUAUGUGUUCAGUGUUUGAUCCUCAUCACUGAGGAUCAAAGAAGUACUUCAAAUCUACAAAAUAUGAGUGCUGCUUAUCAUCUCUUUUUGUACAUUCUUUCUGCCUAUGUCUCUGUCUUUUCUUUAGUCUUACUCUGUGUUUUUACUCUUUGUACUUGUAGGAGUUCAUUAUUUACUAACCUGUCCUUUAUGAAAAGUGCAACUACUACUACAUACAUGAGGCCAAGUAUAAUCUUUCCAUCAUAGCACUGAGGCAUGCAGUCUUUAUCAGUUGUGUUGUGUUUAGGGAGGGUAUACAGUAAGUGUUACAUUUUAUUAUUUUUCAUACCACAUGCGUUUAUGUUCUUGUCAUCAUCUUCACAGCACAAAUUCUUCAAUACAAACAGAAAGGAACAAUUUUUUUUUCUUCUGUGAAAGGACUUUUGGUUUCUGUUUCCCUUUCCCCAACACCUGCUAUUGCCUUUUCAGUUUUUCUCCAUCUGAUUCCUGUGGAGCAAACUCUAUAAGUGUCUUAGCUGAUGAAAGAAUCCUCUAUAUAAGGGAGUCAAGGUGUUAAAUAAGGUAUUCUUUCUAACAAAGAAAUCUAGUAGUUAAGAGAGUGUGUUUAAUACUUUGAUGGAUUUUGGAAACAUUUUUAUCUGCUUUCUUUGAAAAUUGUUCAUGUGCCUAAAGUAAAGUCCUUUUUGCUAUAGUAAGGUUUUUAUCUUUUCUCUAUAAAGCCCAGAAUAUUCCUAAUGCAGAUGCAGAAUACUCGCCUGUGAUGAAUAUCACUUUGUGCUACUCAUAAAGUCCUUUAGAAAAAGUCAAACACUGAGAUUGUGUGUUAGGUUUGCAACAACUUAUUUCAUGUCCACUACUCAUUUUUAUGGUAUAUAGUUGCAUAGUCCAUAUUUUUAAAAAAAUAUAAAUUAUAUUAUGUGGCUUGUGCCUAAUGUUUUCAUAUCGAAGUUGUUUAAGUUGUCAACAUUGGAACCAUAUGUAUGGACUUUUUUUUUUGAAUGGAAAAUACUUUUGUGUAGUUGUUUAGAGUAGAGGAAGCUGCCUUCUUAGUGCUGCUGGUGAUGCAGUAUACUUAUGAAAAGCAGUUUAGAGAUGUUAAUAUUUUGUUUUAUAAUGGUCUGUUUUCAAACGUGGAGAUUAACUAAUUUUGUAAUGGGCUACCUGAUAGUAAAUAAUAAAUGGUUGGGAGUUUAGGUUCUGCCAUAAUAAAGCAGAUGUGAACAGAGCAGCUUAUAUUUUUAUCCUAAGUUCUUGUUAGAAAAGUUUUGAAAAUUUCUAUUACACUGCUGAGAAUUUUUCUUCUUAGCACUUAAGACUUUUUUUUAAAAUUUGUUUUAUGAAAAACAUUUAAUGAAGCGUGCCUAUGACUCUAACAUAGAAGCCAACCAUGUCUGCACACUGGUGUUUUGACUUUAAAAGUCUGUUAAAGAAAUGUUGUCACUUUAUUAAGGUUGUUCUUAACCCCUGUAAAUUUUUAAAUAUGUAAGAAGUGUUUAAAAUAAAAAAUAAAAUAGUAUUCUAUAUAUUAAAACCAGACUUUGUAUCAGUGUACUAAAAUACCAGGAACAAGUGUUGCUUGUUGGGGGAUUAGAAUCAGUUUGUCCUGUACUUCCACUUCUGGGAUUGUGUGUGGAUUUUUGUUUCCUGUUUACCAGUAGUAUCUUAGAUGAAUUGAACUGUACCUUUUUAAAUAGUAUUUUCUAACUCUUCAAGUAUGAUAAAUAAAUUCUCCAAAAUUAUGCAUAUUUUACAGAAAUCCAUUUUUUAUUUGUUUAAUUUAGGAUAGUUUAGAGGGGUUGGAAAGAUGGCUCAGUGGUUGAGAGCACUUGCCAUUCUUACAGAGACUUGACUUCCAUUCCCAGCACCCAAUGGGGCAGCGUACAACAACUCUGGUGGAUCCAGUACCCUCUUUAGUUCUCCGCAGGCACCCACACUCAUCUGUACACACCCCUUCAGACAUCCAUGCAUACGUAAUAAGAAACCAAUGUUUAUAGAAAUUUA